AAAGCGGAAGUUGACUGUCACUGAAGGCACGCCUGCCCACGUAACAGUUCUACAGUGCGCUGGUGGACCUGGUCCGAAACGCAGGUGGUUAAAGUGAUGGCGACGUGAAAGGCGUUAGUGCGAGCACAGGACGUCGGAGCGCAACCAUCCGCCUGCAGACAUGAUGGCAGAGUGCGAUCCCAGCGAGAGCGGCGCGGAGGACAAGCCCAGCCCCAGCACCAGUCCGGUUCACAUCCAGCCGGCGCUCUCUGACAGGUCGGGGAUCGGGGCCGGCCAGGCACCGAGGGGGAAACCGGGAUGCGCGGUUCGGGUGUCGGACUCUACCGAAAGCGUCCUCGUCGAGCUGGAGGGCGAAGGAUCCGGCGAGGAGGAAUUGCUGCUGCCUGGACCGGCGGGCAGCUUGUCGCCGAGGAGCGGCAAAGAGAAACGAGCACGGCGGAGCCGCCGGAGCUCCUCCUCCGAUAAGGACACUUUGGCUUCGCCAGGUAGCAGCACGGUAGAGUUCAACUUCUUCCCUGAGGACCCCGAGUUCGCGGCGAUUGUGCAGAGGGCGGAGCAGGCCAUCGAGAACGGCGUCUUCCCGGAGAGGAUCUCGCAGGGUUCCAGCGGCAGCUACUUUGUGAAGGACCCUAAAGGGAAAAUAAUUGCCGUGUUUAAACCAAAAUCCGAAGAACCUUACGGACACCUGAACCCCAAAUGGACCAAAUAUUUCCACAAGGUGUGUUGCCCCUGCUGUUUUGGACGAGGCUGCCUCGUUCCCAAUCAGGGCUACCUCUCCGAGGCUGCUGCUUCGCUGGUCGACCAAAAACUGGGCCUGGACAUCGUGCCCAAAACAAAGGUGGUGUCUCUUGUCAGUGAGACGUUUCACUACUCGGCGAUCGACCGAGCAAAGUCCAGGGGGAAGAAAUAUGCUUUGGAGAAAGUUCCCAAAGUCGGCAGAAGAUUUCACAGGGUUGGUCUGCCGCCCAAGGUGGGCUCCUUCCAGCUGUUUGUGGAGGGCUACCAGGAGGCAGAUUACUGGUUGAGGAAGUUUGAGGCAGACCCUCUACCUGAGAACAUUAGGAAGCAGCUGCAGUCCCAGUUCGAGAGGCUGGUGGUCCUGGAUUAUGUCAUACGGAACACCGACAGAGGAAAUGACAAUUGGUUGAUCAAGUAUGAAAAGCCAGGUGAUGAAGCUUCAGAGAAGGACUCUGAAUGGACCGCUGUGAAUGAUUCUGCCAUCAAGAUAGCAGCAAUAGACAAUGGGCUUGCAUUUCCUUUCAAGCACCCGGACGAAUGGCGAGCAUAUCCGUUCCACUGGGCCUGGCUCUCCCAAGCCAAAGUUCCCUUCUCUCAGGAGACCCGGGAGCUGGUGCUGUCCCGCAUCUCCGACAUGAACUUCGUGCAGGACCUCUGCGAGGACCUCCACGAGAUGUUCAAGACCGACAAGGGAUUUGACAGAGCCACGUUCGAGAAGCAGAUGUCUGUCAUGAGAGGACAAAUUCUGAAUCUCACACAGGCACUGAAAGACGGGAAGAGCCCCAUCCAGCUCGUCCAGAUGCCUCGUGUGGUCGUGGAGCGCAGUAGCAGCGGCAGCCAGGACCGCGUGGUGCAGCUGGGCAAUGCCUUCACCCAGACGUUCCACUGCAAGAGACCCUUUUUUUCGUCCUGGUAGAGCUCCCCACCGGGGGGGCCCCCAGGAAAGCGGCAGGCUUCACCGGCCUCACGGGAAACGCUUCUCUGGCUCGAUGGCUCGACGAGGGAACCGCGCAGAAAAGCCAAAGUGUGUGUGUGUUGCCAGUGUUAGGAGUCAGCUUUCAACUGCCAAACUUUUUAGUAGAAUUUUAAAAGUCAACAGGUUUAAAAAGACUUGAAUAUUUUGAAAAUCGGUUGCCUGAAUGUAACUGCGAGUUUACAGUUUUUGGAUAUUUCGGAGUAAAGGAAUACUGCUGACCUAGUAUUUUUUAUCACAAUGAAUGUAUUUGAUGAAUACCUGCUGGCUGCACACAGCGCCCCCUGGUGCUGUGGCUGAAUAAUGACAAUGGACUGUGACCUAUGAGUGGCAUUUAGCCUACAAACCUCUGUAAAUUGUCUUGGGCUUCAGAUGAUUGUAAAACUUUCUGUAGUUUGCAAUGUGUAUUUAAAAGUAUUGAAUAAAUUUGGGAAUCGUUUAAUAUCA